AUGGAUGCACCACCACCACCCACGUCAAUGCCACCACCACCACCUCCUCCUCCACCACAUCAUCUUUCUCCACCUCAUCAUGAAUUACCUACAGUCGUUUUGGAAGGCGAAGUACAACAACAACAACAACAACCACUUCCUACUCGCACGUCCUCUGUUUCACCUAUGCCAACACCGCCACAACCGCCACCCAAGGGACCAGCAGAGGAUGACAGUCCAGUAAUGCAACAGCAGCAGCAGCAGCAAUUCUACAUUGGUGGCAACAGUGCACCUACAUCACCAGCCACUUCGUCGACUUCUCCUCGUGCCAUGACACCAAGUUCUCGAAGUUCAUCUUAUGUUGCUUUGCCCACGUCUCUCAAUCCCGACCAAUUGCUCGACCAUUCUCAUUUGAAACCUGGUGCUCAGGCGUCUUUAUUGUCCUAUGCUCAGACUAUCAACAUGUAUCGAGAGAAUGCCAAAAAGACCAAUAGCCCUGAAGUACAGUGCGACUUUGCCGUGUUUAUGGUGGAAGCUGCCAAGUCCUCUACGGAUGAACAGGAGCGUUUGGAAUAUCUGAAUGAAGCUGAAAAGUUACUCAAACAAUUGUCAUCACGCGGUCAUGCCGAGUCGCAAUAUUAUCUUGGCAACUUGUAUGCUACGGGCCUCAUCAGCAAAAAGGGCAAGAACGAAGACAAGGCAUUUUCCCUCUUUGUGCAAGCCACCAAACAUCAUCAUCCCGAUGCUGCUUAUCGUGCCGCCAAGUGCUACGAAGAAGGUGUGGGUUGUCGCAGGGAUUAUUCCAAGGCUAUUCAAUUUUACAAGAAAGCAGCAACCCAAAAUCAUCCAGCGGCAAUGUUUAGGUUGGGUAUGGCACACGUGAAUGGUGAGAUGGGCAUGUCGAAGAAUGCACGGGAGGGCGUAAAGUGGCUCAAGACGGCAACCGAAGCAGCAACCGUUGAAUUCCCUGAUGCCGUAUACGAAUUGGCCGUGUUACACGAGAAGGGUAUUGACAAUGUGGUAUUUGUGGAUGCGGAUUAUGCAGUAUCAUUAUACGCCAGAGCAGCUGAAGAUCUCAACCACGCACAAUCUGCUCUUCGCCUGGGUCAAUGCUACGAAUAUGGCAAGCUCAACUGCAAGCAAGAUCCAGCACUCUCCAUCCAUUACUAUACCAUCGCUGCUCAACAAGGCCAUCGAGAAGCAUGUUUUGCAUUGACAGCUUGGUACCUUGUUGGCUCACCAGGGAUCCUGCCACAAUCGGAUGAACAAGCUUACGUAUGGGCAAGACAAGCAGCUGAAAAGGAACUACCCAAGGCCGAAUACGCUGUUGGCUACUUUACAGAAGUUGGCAUUGGCACUGUCAAGAAUCCAAAUGAAGCGAUGGAGUGGUACAAACGUGCUGCAGAACAUGGAGAUAAGCGUGCCAUUCAACGAUUACAAGGCAAGGUCGAUGGCCAAAAGAUGUCCAAAAAGAAGAAUGGUGACGACUGCACCAUCAUGUAA